AUGGGGGGGGGGCGGGUGAAGCUCUCGGUGAAGAUGCGCGUGAAGAGCGAACGUGCGCCGCGAGUGAGCUUUUUGAACGAGGACGCCGAGCUGAACGAUUACGGCCCGAGCGAGAGCGACAGUGACUUGGAGGACGCGCUGUGGGGCGGGGGGGAUGGGUUCGGGGAUAAUGAUUUCAGCGCGCUCGAGCUCAAGCCCGAUCACGCGAAUCGGCCGCUGUGGGUGUGCGACGACGGGAGGAUCUUCUUGGAAUCGUUUUCGCCGGUGUACAAGGCGGCGUACGAUUUUUUGAUCUCCGUCGCGGAACCGGUGUGCAGACCGGCAAACAUGCACGAAUACGUGCUCACACCGCACUCCUUGUACGCCGCGGUGUCUGUGGGGCUGGAGACGUCGACCAUUUUGUCAGUUUUGGAUCGGCUCAGUAAGACGCACCUGAGCGAGGAGAUUCACGACUUUGUGCAUCAGUGCACUGAAAACUACGGUAAGGUUAAGCUCGUUUUACAGCGCAACAAGUUCUACUUGGAGUCAAACGAUCCGAAAAUCUUGCAAGAGCUCCUCCAAGACGACGUCAUUCGCGCGGCUCGAGUGGCUGGGUCGGGGAACGCCUCGUUUCACGUGUCGCACGCGCUCAAGGAGAAGGGCGCUCAAAAGUUGGUGGACAUCACGGAGGAGGGACAGGACGACGACACCGCCGGAGUAGACGUGCCGGCAGAUGGUUUGGACGCGAAAUAUCAGCAAGAAUUCCUCCCGGAGUACGAUCCGGAUAGGCAAAUGCAUAGUUUUGAGAUCGAAGCCAGACAGGUGGAGCACGUGAAGCAGCGCUGCCUGCCUGGCAAUCUCGGAUACCCGACGCUGGAAGAGUACGAUUUCAGAAAUGACACCCGAAAUCCCGACUUGAACAUCGAGCUCAAGCCGAUGACUCGCAUUCGUCCGUACCAGGAGAAGUCGCUGUCAAAGAUGUUCGGGAACGGACGCGCUAGAAGUGGGAUCAUCGUUCUCCCGUGCGGCGCCGGUAAGAGUUUAACCGGGAUCGCCGCUGCUGCACGCAUACGCAAAUCGUGCCUUUGUCUGUGCACAUCAAGCGUCAGCGUCGAUCAGUGGUCGGCGCAGUUCAAGCUUUGGACGAAUUUGACGGAUUUGAACAUUGUUCGAUUCACCUCUCAAAACAAGGAUGAGUUCCCGCCGCCCGGCGAGGCGUGCGUGUGCGUGACGACGUAUAACAUGGUAAGCGCAGGUGGUAAGCGGAGCGAGGGAAGUGAGCGUAUUUUAGAGGCGAUUCGCUCGCGUGAGUGGGGUUGUAUGCUACUCGAUGAAGUUCACGUCGUGCCGGCGGCAAUGUUUCGCAAGGUGAUUGGCAUCACCAAGGCCCACUGCAAACUCGGUCUCACGGCUACUCUGGUGCGUGAAGACGAUAAAGUGGAUCAUUUGAACUUUUUGAUCGGGCCAAAGCUUUACGAAGCGAACUGGUUGGAUUUGCAGCGUGACGGGCACAUUGCAAAUGUUCAAUGUGUUGAGGUGUGGUGUCCAAUGACGGCUGAAUUCUUCCGCAAAUACUGCGAUUCAAAUUACUCCAAUAAGAAGCAGGUGCUGUACUGCAUGAAUCCGAACAAAUUCAUGGCGUGCCAGUUCCUGAUGCAGUUCCACGAACAACAGCGGAAGGACAAAGUCAUCGUGUUCAGCGAUAACAUUUUUGCACUCAGAGAGUACGCCACUGCGCUGCGGCGCCCUCUGAUUUACGGCGACACAUCGCACGCUGAGCGUACUCGGGUGUUGCACGCUUUCAAGUAUAGCAACGAAAUCAACACCAUCUUCCUGUCGAAGGUCGGUGAUAACUCGAUCGAUAUCCCUGAAGCGAACGUGAUCAUUCAGAUUUCUUCGCACGCAGGCAGUCGCAGACAGGAGGCUCAGCGUUUGGGGCGAAUUUUGCGUCCAAAGGCGGCGCAGCUGAGUGGGAAGAAGACAAACGCGGAUGAACAUAACGCUUUCUUUUACUCUCUUGUGUCGACGGAUACUGCUGAGAUGUACUAUAGCACAAAGAGGCAGCAGUUCUUGAUUCAGCAAGGCUAUGCGUUCAAGGUUGUGACCGACUUGAUCGGUCCUCAAGAUAAACAGCAGCUCAUGUACUCCACGCAAGAAAAGCAGCUUGAUCUCCUCGCGAAGGUACUGAGCGCUGGUGAAGCGGAGGCUGGGGAAGAAGUUCUUCCGGACGACGAGGACGCUAUCCGAAAGGCUCAGAAACCUGCGGGAGCAGCACGCCGAACGGCAGGGUCCAUGACUGCGUUGUCUGGUGCCGAUGGUGCGUACAUGGAAUUCGACGCCCAACGCGGUGGCGUGAAGAAGAAACCAAGUUUCCAACGCGCUUCGGGUGCACCGAAAUCUGUCAAGCCAAAGAAUCCAAUUCUCCGAGAGCGCGACGCAAUGCUUCGCGGCAAGAAGUAA